AUCACCAAAACUCCGCCCCUCUGCAGAGUUCUCGGCUAGGAGCAGUUCUCGCGAUAGUUGUGCCGUGACUGGUUGCCUUGGUUACACCUCAAGCUUCUGCACACUCUGCUGUACUGUGUGUGACGGGACGCGCGGCCGGGGCUCAGAUGGCGGAGGAGGACUCAUUCCCUGGACUGGUAUUCCUGAGCUGAGGCUAUGGCUCUUGUCGGGGAGGUCCAUGUUGUUCCCAGUGGUAAGGUGUACAGACAGAUCUUUGAUGCGGAGGUGCAGCUUGUGCGGUCCCUUGGAGAGGUGCGGGCUCGGGGGAUCCAGCAUGGAGGAGGGUUUGAUAGUGGAAAGAUUCCCCUCAUCAGGGACGAGGACACCCGCUCUGCUGGAAUGUUAUCCACUCGCCAGCGUCAGUGGGUGGACAGCAUGCCCUACGAUGGCUUCACCGAGAACCCCACUGUAUACAGGGAUAAAGCUACAGUGGCUAUUAGGAAAAUUCAGGAAAAUGAAGAACUGACUGCAGCACGAGAAGUGAGAGGCCUGUGCGAUAUUAUUGUUCCUGAGAAGACAGACAGUGGGAUCCUGCAGCGGAUCACCUCAAAUAGACAAGAGCGCCAUGAUUCGGCUAUCUCCACCCUGCAGAAGGAGUUGGCAGACAUUAGUAAGGAAAUGGAAACCUUUGUUAUGGAGGCUGGAAAGAGUCUCCAGGAAAAGAUCUGUGAGUCCGACAAGAGGACUGAUCUGUUAUUCCUGAAGUAUGAAGACAGAACCGACAAUGCAAACUUCACAAUGACUGCCCUCAGUGAACUGUGGGAUCAGGUGGUUGAGGAAUCCAGUCACAGGAGAGAGAAUAUAAGGGACACAGAGAGGACAAUGUUGAAAGUGGAGGAAAAACGAGCAGAUCGGAUUUCAGAAGUGCUGAAGAAGUUCACUACGCUGUUGCUAAAUAUCUGCUUUCUCAUGGCUCCUGAUGUUCAUAGAUUUAUACACAAGGAAGCCAUGAUGAUAAAUCAGGCCAUGUUAGCCAACCAUCGAGCUAUCGCCAAGCUCUCCCUUAACCUGAUGGAAGCCGAGCUGAAAAAAGAGGGAUUGCAGCGCCUCCGGUGGCAAGAUCUGAUAAAGGCUUGGAAGUGCUAUACAAAAGAAAUGAUAGUUCAGGAAUUCAGAGAGUUUGUUAAACAUGAAACGGAUGGAAUCCCAGGAAGAGUUAAAGCAGAAGCUGAACAGCUGAUGGAUCUGUACAAACCCCUCAAUGAGAAGAGACUGCAGCUUCUCUGCUCAGUCAGUGAUUUUGUGCCCCCAACUUGCACUAAAGUAGCAGUGACUGAGUGGCACACUUCGCUCCUGAACCUAAACAAGCAGAUAGACUGUGUGAGUUCACAAUUCUUAGACAGACUUCAUAACCUUCAGAAUGAUGUGAUCCAGGGAUGUAUAAGCAAGUCGGAGAAGAGUAAGGUACAACUAAUAGAGAUGAACAUUUGCAAUAUCGAAGAGGCAGAGAUAAUUCUUACCAGGGAACAAUCCCCAGUUAUCGGACACGUCCAGCUGGAAUGUGAGAAGAAGCGUCAGAUAUUCAGUGAAUCUCUAGAAGCCGUAUCAAAGAAAAUGGGCGCACACAUUAACACGUUAUUUAAAUUUGCCAAAAAAUCAGUUCACCUGUGGGAUGUCUUACAAAUCAGACUCUCCCGACAGGAGGAAACCCUGCAAAAAAACCUAGAUGACUGUCGCCAGCAGCACAAUUCAGAAAACCAGGUAAAGGAAGCUGAUCUGGAUAUAAUUCUGGACACGCUGCGUCAGGAGAGCACAGUGGAACAGCUCCGUGUAUUUAUGGGGAAGGCACAGGCGGCUUUGCUCGAUAUCAAAUCUGGCUACCAGAACUUUUAUCACGAUCAAGUCCACAUUGUCGAUUCCUAUCCGGCUCUGGUUCUGAGUGAAUUAUUGGCUUACAGCGCAUCUCUGAGCAAAUUCUUUCGUGUAAAGGAAAUAUAUGGAAAGGAUUUACCUUUAAAUACAGAAGCAUCUGAAGAUAUGCCUGCCCUCAGUUCAAACCCCUUGUCCAGUGACUCCAUAGCAAGUUCAUAUGAUGUUCCUGUCGAAAAACCAAAGGAGCGUCCAGAAGACAUGGUUGAGCUCUCCCAGGAUCACAGUAAAAAAGACACAGGUGACACUAAUAUUCUGCCCCCUAAUAUAGGGACCACAGUCAAUAGUGAAGAGGGAAACACAGUUGUGGAACAUGUUGAGGACCCAUCACAGAUGAACCAUGAAGAUACGGCUGAAGACACUCUGGUAUCUGAACCACAGAAUCAGCAGGCUCCUGAAAGAACAACAACAGCAAAGCAUGAGAAUGGGUCAUCAGUAGAGGAAACCCCUGUGAUAAGUGAAACUUUCACAACCUCCGAACACAAUACAUACACAGUGCUAAAAAAGAAAAACCUGAAGCCCGAGUCCUCCACAGAAGACCAGCCGAAUAGUGUGUUCUUCACAGAGGCAGCAAUAGAGGACGAGAGCCCUUUAAAUCUGGACCACAUGGUUUUGCCAGAUGAGACAAUUGCAGACCUUAGAAGAAGUCUCCGUCUUCAAUUCUUUGAGCAUCUGGAGGGCUGGUUCGAUGAAACGGUGUCCAGUUCACAUAGUAUUGUCCUUGCCAAAAAGGAAGAGCUGAAGUCUGAGUGGGAUCUGCGCUGUCACCUGCACCAGCCUCGGAGCCAACGCAUAAAGAUGGACGUCCACAAUGUCAGAGCAGCUGAGCUGCGGCUCCAUUCAGAACGUGUGGACCGUCACUGCGAGGGAGUGAAUCAGGCACUGGCCAACCUUAAGGAAGAGAGCAUUGUACUCAUUGAGAAGAUGAAGAAGGAGACGCAAAACUUCCGCAACAAAAUCAGCGGCAUGGAUAAUAUGUUUCUGAGCGCCAGGAAAUCUGACAAGCUAGUCGCCCUAAGCAACUCCCUCCCCUCCAUCUUGGACAGCCAUAUUAGCGGAGUGCAGACAGCCAUGAGGAACUAUCGGCAACACGUGGAGGAGAUGCUGGGAAAGUUGUGCGACACCAACUCGGAUUUCAUCAAGUCAUUUAGGUUGUUUUCAGAAGGAGGAAACUUCUCUCCAGAUGAAAUUGAGUUGCUCCGCAAGAGACUGCACAAAGCCUCGGCCACCAUCACGUCAUUUGAAGGCUCCAUCAUGGUGGAUUUGGAGGGAUUGGAAUCCCAGUGCUUAGAACAGGCCACUGAAGUUGUGAAGAAGUUUGAGGACAAGUUCCUUGGCAUAACUACAGACAUGAUUUUCCUUGAGAAUAUUCAGAAACUCUUGACAAACCUGCAGGUGAAGAUUAAAGCUCUGGUUGCAAACAGCAAUUCCCAGUCUCAGCAGAUCAACUCUGAUCUAGAAGAGCUGCGGAUGAAGACUGACGCCUGCGCAUGUCCAACCAUCGACAAAGAAGUAGUAACCAGUGAAGAUCUGUAUGUAUUUAUGAAGAACGUGAUGGAAGAAGUAACCAAGAGAAGCCUUUAUCUGUCAUGUCUCCUAGACUCCAGCUCCAUUCUACAAGAAUCCCCCCUGCAAGGUCCUAUUGCCACAGCGUCUCGUGCAGAUUCCACAGCAAGACAAGAAGGGAAAGUCACAUUUGGGACCCCUGACAGCCUGCAAAAUCCAAGCAGGAUCGGAAAACUGGCUCUAGAUGAUGCGGCAGUGGGCGUCAUAAAGAACAUUAUGAAGACCCAAAGAAUAUCUGAAGAGGCACAUCAAGAGCAUGAAGGAAGGAGCCCGCCACAGGCCCCUGCAGCAGUGUCCCAUCAGAACCUGCCAGUAGCACCAUAUCCUCCAUUAAGACCCAACAGUGGAAAUAAAAAGAAAGCCGGCUCGACUGAGGGAGAAAAUGUCCCAAUCAAGUUUACGUCUCCCAGUCUUCGUAAACUGGUGAAGCCCACAAGGUUUGACAAGAAAUACCAGAUUUUUGGAGAAAGGAAAGAGGAAUCUGAUAACUUUAAGGGCAUCCUGACUUCUAUUCUGUGGGAGAGCAAUGAUUACUUGCUGUAUUUGGCUGAGGAAUUCUAUAAGAAGAAGGAGCGUCGUCCCAUCGCCCGACCAGACUUACUGCAGGAAACAUUUGAAGACUGUGCUGACACUUUGGUCCUUAAGCUUCAGUCCUAUGAGAAACAAGCCCUGAAGUAUCACAAUAACUGUAUACUGGAGCUCAGGGAGCAGCUCCAACAGCUUGAAAUGUUGAUGAGUCACGUUCCUCCACUAAAAAUAAGGAGCCUGAGGGAAGAGAACUUCAGCUUCAUGCAAAACUCUACUGACAGCGUCCGGCAGCUCUUCAUGAACAAGAUUAACAAGUGGAACCAAACUAAGGAAGAAUUGAAGAAUCUGCUGAGACCAAGCUUGGGACAUCCUGAGAACGCGCCCAUCUUAGAGCAGAUCUGCCAACAAGAAGAGAGGAGACAGAGCGAAGAGAGAGAGGGGAUUGAUCAGAAUGCCCAGCGCCUAAAAGAAUGUGUUGAGGAGAGUAUUCAGCGUUUCGUCACAUCUCUGGCCUCCCUGACGGAGCACAUGCUGCUGGAAUUGGACGAAGCACUUACUGUGGAUGACGUGUUACCAGCCAAGACCGAGGUCCCAAAGGAGAAGCUUUCUACAUUGAUCAGACGCAAGCAAGCUGGCCAUCCAUUAGAGAACACAGAGUACCAGCCUGUGAUAGAGCGCGGCCACAGGGUCUGGCCUGGUAUCUCUCUCAAGGACACCAUAAAGAUUAGAGAGAACUCAACAACUGCAUCAGUGACCACCGCUAAGACCACCUUAAGUCACAUGUCCACAGUGGAAGCUCGGGAUACUGCUUACAUGAAAUUUCUUCAAGACGCAGAAUUGGCCUUGACCAGCAUAGAAGAGGAGAGGACGGCGCAACAUGUGACAGCGCAGCGCUGGGAGGAAUGGUGGCGCCAAUCUGUCCUUAAGAUAAAAGAACUUUAUUCACCAAACUGACCCUGACAGACGUUUAUCUGUAAAUCAUACAGGCACAUUGUAAUGGAUCAGCCCAUUGUGCAUGAAUUCUAAAUAUAACUUUAAUUUAU